AUGGAGUUCGACAAACACGCGCUGCAUCUGAUCUAUACAUUUUCCAUCGUAUUCCGUUUUACGACGGCUAUCACUACACCAUCGCCGCCGACGAUCGCAUCUACCGUCGAAUACAUCGUCACUGAUUCCGGCACGACGGAGGAGACGGACGAAGCAGAGAUGCCGAAGGUGCCCCUGACCGAGCAGGUUAUGGAUCCUAACAUACGUGUGAGUGACGUGCCCGACGUGGACCCGGAAUUGACGGACGUACCGGACUCCAGUCUGGACAGGAACCGGAUAAUUCGCGACGUCGCGUAUUUCAUUCGCGCGCACAAGUUCCACGAUUACGAUCGUCGGUACCACAAGAGCGCCGAGGAGGCCACGAACAGGCUGUACGAGGAGUUCCCGAGCCCCGGUCUGAGAUCUCUGCACUGGGAGGUGCGCAAGCACUGCGACGCGAGCUUUGUCGAGUGCCUGAAGUAUCUCGAAGGGAUCAUUAAGCUCACGGCGCUCAGGCGCGAGGACGACACCGUCACGGUCAUGAGGGAGCAAAAGUGGAGUCCGGCGAAUAAUAGUGAGCAAAUCCUGGCCGCUCAAAGGGACUGCCAGAUGGCCCAAAGGCACGACAAUCUCACGAUGGUUCCCUUUCAAGGUCCAAUCGAACGCUUUCAAUGGCGCACCACCGUGAGUUACUAUAUGUGCUGGUACACGAUGCUGGGCAUCGCAGAUUUAGCCACCUUCGGCGAACCCUGCGACAAUCACGCCAACUGUCUAGAUGAAUAUGGCGUUCAUAACAAGGAUCCACGAGCGGACGACACGAAACCGUACGCUUGCGCCCUGUACAGUUUCUGCCCGGACCAUUGUUGCCCCAUGAAGCACAUCUGGUACAUGAAAGACUGUUUUCAGUCGCAACGCAAUCCAUGCUACGCUGAGAAUCAACCAGCGCAUCGAAAGUGCACACUGAACCGGAACGAAAAUCGCGACUUCCAGGCGUUAAAGGCGAAUCGGAUGAAUGUGAGCUGCGAAUGCCAUCAGCCUGGAUACGAGUGGUCCUCCAGGUUUGGGCUAUGCGUCGACGUGAACGAGUGCAUCCGCAGCAUGCACAAUUGCACGUUGGACGCUGGCGAGAGUUGCCUAAACCUGCCCGGUCAUUACGCCUGCAUCUGUCGGCUCGGAUACGUCUACAAUCCGGAAAUGAAACGGUGUAUUCACAGUCCGGAGAUAGACAGAGCGCUGAAAGGGGACGCGGACGAACCAAAGACCGCGAAAAUGAUAGGUCUAUUUGCCAAGGUGGUCCAAACAAUUACCAGAUCUGCCGGAAAUAGCUUUAUUUUGAUCUAUCAACUUUAA